CAUUACUGAAACUUCUCACAUUAGACUCUUAAACGUCCGUCUGUGAGAGUUGGUCUUUAAUCUACUGGUCCUUAUUUUAUCUUUACUGCUCUUAUAAAACUCCUCAUCUUAGACAUGCGUGAGUGUAUCUCGGUCCAUGUGGGCCAGGCUGGAGUCCAGAUCGGCAAUGCAUGCUGGGAGCUGUACUGUCUUGAGCAUGGGAUCCAACCAGAUGGCAAGAUGCCCAGUGACAAGACCAUUGGAGGAGGUGAUGACUCCUUUAACACCUUCUUCAGUGAGACUGGAGCUGGCAAGCACGUCCCCAGGGCUGUGUUUGUGGAUCUGGAGCCCACUGUCAUUGAUGAGGUGCGAUCUGGAAUUUACCGCCAGCUCUUCCACCCUGAGCAGCUGAUCACUGGGAAGGAGGAUGCAGCCAACAACUACGCCCGUGGGCAUUACACCAUCGGCAAAGAGAUCAUCGACUUGGUUCUGGACAGGAUCCGCAAACUGGCUGACCAGUGCACUGGCCUCCAGGGCUUCCUGGUCUUCCACAGCUUUGGAGGUGGCACCGGUUCUGGUUUCACUUCCCUGUUGAUGGAACGCCUGUCUGUUGACUAUGGCAAGAAGUCCAAGCUUGAGUUCUCCAUCUACCCAGCUCCCCAGGUAUCCACAGCUGUUGUUGAGCCCUACAACUCAAUCCUGACCACCCACACCACCCUGGAGCAUUCUGACUGUGCUUUCAUGGUAGACAAUGAGGCCAUCUAUGACAUCUGCCGUAGGAACCUCGAUAUCGAGCGUCCUUCCUACACCAACCUGAACAGGUUGAUCAGCCAGAUUGUGUCCUCAAUCACUGCUUCCCUCCGAUUCGAUGGUGCCCUCAAUGUUGAUCUGACAGAGUUCCAGACCAACUUGGUGCCCUAUCCCCGUAUCCACUUCCCCCUUGCCACCUAUGCCCCAGUGAUCUCAGCAGAGAAGGCUUACCAUGAGCAGCUGACUGUUUCAGAGAUCACAAAUGCCUGUUUUGAGCCAUGUAAUCAGAUGGUGAAAUGUGACCCACGUCACGGCAAGUACAUGGCCUGCUGUCUGCUGUACCGUGGUGACGUUGUGCCCAAAGAUGUUAACGCUGCCAUUGCCACCAUCAAAACAAAACGCUCCAUCCAGUUUGUAGACUGGUGCCCAACUGGUUUCAAGGUUGGUAUCAACUACCAGCCCCCAACUGUGGUACCUGGUGGAGAUCUGGCCAAGGUCCAGAGGGCAGUGUGCAUGCUUAGCAACACCACUGCAGUGGCUGAGGCUUGGGCCCGCCUUGAUCACAAGUUUGACCUGAUGUAUGCCAAGCGUGCAUUCGUGCACUGGUACGUAGGUGAGGGUAUGGAGGAGGGAGAGUUCUCUGAGGCCAGGGAAGACAUGGCUGCUCUGGAGAAAGAUUAUGAGGAGGUGGGUGCAGAUAGCGUGGAAGGAGAGGAUGAGGGAGAAGAGUACUAAGAAGUAUCAGGAAACUUCAGCCUGUCUCAACACAUUCAACCAUUCCUCAUGGAACAAUGUUUUUCUGUCCCUUUGUAACCUUGACUUUUAAAUAUUGCUCUAUUUUCUUGCAAUAAAAGUCAAUUUCAAUGUU